AUGUCGACUGGGUUAAAGCCAUUGCUGCUUCCGCGGCUCGUGGAAGAGCGGAGGAAGCUGGGGGAACAAGAUGACACCGGCGACCAGACACCGUACUACUACACCUACAAUUCGUCCUCGUCCGACCUUACUUCCCCUUCACCCAUUACAUCCACCUUCUCGCCCACCAACCACUCGACGUUAUCCGGUUCGACCUCAUCCCUCGAACACGUCCCACCGCCAUGCACCGAAAACCCGUCAUCCCCUACACAAUCUCUGCACGCGACCAGACCCAGCAAAUCCCAAUUGCCCGAUGUCGAGGAAGAGCCAUUGGAAAGAGAGGAGGAGAAACCGGCGACUCCGCCCAAAUAUACCGACCGGGAGUUUGGAUUCCAUGACUACUGCUUGUGCGACUUUCCAUGUUCUCACAAUGCCGACGUGACGCAGAGUACCGGUCCGUACCAUUAUAUGGCUCCUGACUCCGACUACGAUCUCGGCUUCCUCAGUGAUGGCGACUUCAACGCCAGCCCAAGGCAAAAAAAGAGGCGCCACGGAUCCGAUGCAGGGUUCUCGACCUGGAGCACGAGGUUGGGGUCGAGACUGCCGAGUCUGCCUCGCUGGCGAUCUUCCUCCACAUCUAGGCGUAACGACCUCACCUUCUCUCCCGCUUCCGACCCGUCUCUCGUCGACUCCCGCCCGAGCUUCUCCCUCGCUGCCUCGAGCCGAUCCUCCUCCGUGUCACGGCCGGCGCACGUUUCCGAGCGCGCGCAAGGCUCGGUUCCGGCCACUCCUGCCCUCUCCUUCUACGAAAGCUCCGAGAGCGUUGUUCUGCCCUCGCCCCUCGACAACCUACCGGCCACUUUGGGACGACGGGUAGAGCGCGAUCGCGCCAAUGCGACCACCCCCCUCUUACCCCCUCUUCUCAUCGACACAACGCCGAGUCAUACCAUAUCCCCUUCCCUACAGACUUCGCCAUUGCAGUCUCCUUCCAUGAUCACUUCGCGGGUCCCCGAUUGGCCGACAGCCAAGCCGUAUGCAACACCGCCGCUCAGUACCAAGCCGUCCGUUUCUUCUCUACGCCGCGGAACAAUCUCGAGUGCCUUUGGCGACGCCCCCUCGCCAAUUCCCUGCUUUUUCGACCACCAGGACUCUUGGUCCGACUGCCUCGGCCACGCAAACUUUACGAUUGAACCCAGGCCGUAUUUGCCCGAGACGACCGAUCUCGUGUCUCUUCAAUCCUUCCGUUCUGACUGGAACCUGGCGAGAACCAACUACGCCAAGCACCUUGUGCGGACUGGCGAACACUACGGGUCCACCUCUAAAACGUACGCCUUGACAGAAGCCAAAUGGGCUGAGAUAGAGCAAGAGUGGCAACGGGACGAGGACCAUCUUGUUCAGCGCCUGGGGGAGCAGUGGAAGAAUGAUCCCUCUGUGGUCUCCCAACUGCAGCGCACGGCUGAAGAGAAACUCUCGCCGUCGAUCCCCCGUAUGCUCAGCGACGAUGGCAAGUUCCCAGAGCUUGGCGACGUUGAGAUCAUCGGACCGAUGUUGCGCGAUGCCGCCAUGGCCCGCGAGGGAGCCCCAGACGAUAAGCGCAAUAGCGCUUCCGGUUGGCUCAAAAACCUGGCGGGUAAGGUUGGGCUGCGCAAAUAA